UUUUUUACCAAAGUAUUGAUAAGCACGUGGUAAUAUCAUGUGUCAUAUAUAUAUAUAUUUAGAGUCAGAUUAUAAGUGUAAGCAUAAGAUAUGCAGUAAUUGAUAUGAGUUCUAUCUUGAUUGGUAAUUAAAUAGAAAGACCCGGUUAGAAACCACUGGCAGUUACUUGUUGCCGCAUCGGACGUUUACGAGAUAAUUAUUGACCUCAUUACAAAAACUUUUUAAUGGAUAAUUCGGAUUCGAGCGAAAUAUAAAUUUGUGGCGGCGAAAAUAUAUGAUGAUCUGAUUUCAAAUUUAAUUCAUCACUUACACACUGAUUUGAAUUUUUUUCUCAUUAAUAAUAAUAAUAAUAAUAAUAAUAAUAAUAAUAAUAAUAAUAAUAAUAAUAAUAAUAAUAAUAAUAAUAAUAAUAAUAAUAAUAAUAAUAAUAAUAAUAAUAAUAAUAAUUGAUAACUGUGAAUAGUUGACGAUAAUGGAAUCGACAAAAACAUUAGGAUUGGUUGAUUAUCUGGUGAUUACACUGACAAUUGCUAUUAGUGUUGGUAUCGGAAUUUAUUAUCGUUUCACCGGAGGCAAACAAAAAACAUCCGAGGAAUAUUUUUCGGCAAACCGAUCAAUGGGUCCGCUGUCAGUUGGUAUUGCUUUGAUGGUGUCAUUUAUGUCUGCAAUAACACUCUUAGGAAUGUCUGCUGAAAAUUAUGUUUACGGAACGCAGUUUAUUGUCAUAAAUAUUAAUUAUAUAUUGUCUACUCCAAUAAUUUGCUAUGGAUUUUUGCCAGUAUUUUAUAAACUGCAAGCAACGAGUACUUAUGAGUAUUUAGAAAGGCGUUUCGGAGUACCAACGAGAUUGUUAGCGAGCUUCGUCGUGUGGCUCCAAAUGUUAUUGUACUCGGGCGUGGUGCUUUACGCUCCGGCUUUGGCCUUUGAGACGACAACUGACUUAUCAAGAAUGAAAAGUAUCCUAUCAGUCGGCUUAGCCUGCGCUUUUUAUUCUAGUAUCGGCGGAAUAAAAGCUGUAUUGAUAACAGAUAUUUUCCAAGCAGUUUUGAUGUUUGCUUCGUUAAUUGCUGUAAUUGCCGUAGCCGCUUAUUCAGCCGGUGGCCUCGACGAAGUAUGGAACAUUGCAAGUCAAGGCGGCCGUAUAGAUUUUAAUCACUUUUCUAUUGAUCCUACCGAACGCCACACAUGGUGGAGUCUCAUAAUUGGAGGAAUGUGUACAUUUUUAUCACUCUACGGAGUAAAUCAAAUUCAAGUACAACGAUUUUUAACUGUCAAGAGUUUGAAAUCAGCACAACGCGCGAUGUGGUUUUGCCUUCCGGUUCUUAUAAUACUGAAUCUCACAACAAGUUUAGCCGGAUUGUCAAUUUACAGCAAAUAUUUCAACUGUGAUCCAAAAACAGCCGGAAAAAUAAAACAACCAGAUAUGCUGAUGCCAUUCUAUGUUAUGGAGACAAUGUCUUCAAUUCCAGGUCUUCCUGGUUUAAUUAUCGCUGGUGUAUUUAGUGCGGGAUUAAGUACAAUAUCAGCAGCACUAAAUUCCCUUGCAGCUGUUAGUUUGGAAGAUUAUAUAAAACCCCUGUACUUGAAAUGUACAAAAAAACAAUUAUCACCAUCAACGUCAUUGAUAUUAGGAAAAUUUCUAGCAUUUUCACUUGGAUUUUUAUGUAUAGCUCUUGCUGUACUUGCUCAGUACUUAGGAAGUGUCCUUCAAACAAGCUUGACAAUAUUUGGAGCCGUUGGUGGGCCGCUAUUAGGUUUAUUUACCCUGGGAAUGUUAUUUGAAUCAUCAACUCAGAGUGGUGCUAUUCUAGGUACGACAGUAUCACUUGUAUUUUCAUUAUGGAUCUCAUUCGGUGGUCCGCGACCAGCUCCACCGGCGUUACCAGUAUCCAUUGAGGGCUGCAGUAAUGGAACGUUACUUUUACUCAACCAGACGCUAGAAAUGAAUCAUCAAACGCUACAUGAUUACUUGCAUCCUCAUGUCCGUAGUAACUCGGAAUUUUUUUACCUCUACCGACUUUCUUACUUGUGGGUUUCCCUGAUUGGUCUUGUGUUGACAAUCACCAUUGGCAUGAUCACCAGUAAAAUUUCUCGGUGCUUUGGGUUCGAGAGCCAACGAGCCAUUGAUCCAGAUCUGUUCUUCCCAUUUAUAGCUAAACGUGUUCGCAAGAGGCUUGAGACUGAUCCUAAUUUUACUGCACAAAAAUAUCAAUUUGAAAGUAAAAAUAAUAUCGACACUGCUACCACUAGCAUGUAACCAUCUUGUCACGAAUUUUUCAGUAGUUACAAUCAAGUUUUCAUCGCAUCAUAAAUUAUUGUAAAAAUCAACUUACAAUCCAUUGUUUUUAUAUUUAAAUUUUAAGUUUCAUAAAAAAAAAGUACAAAGUUUGAAUUUAUUGCCUCGCUCUCAAAAACUAUUUUCUCAAGAGUUUUCAAAUCCAUUUUAUCAGUAAUCUGGAUGAAUAUUUUCUUUCCGGAAUGAUGAUUGUCUUGUUUAUUAUCUUGGUAAUUAAACCGAUUCAGCCUUGAGACAAAUGUGUGAUGUUAAUGAACAUGCUGAUGCUUUAUAUAAUUAAUUUUUAAAAACCUUAAGUACUUUUCUAUCUCAGGGCAAUGGGUAACCGCUCCUUAAUUAUAUUCACAUAAAUAAUUAUUUCUAUUGAUACCUCCCGUACUUAAAUCAAAAUUUCAUAGAUAAAAUGAUUAUUUAUUUUACUAUUAACAAACUUAUGUAAUUUUAAAAUAUUGAAUUUUAUACAUAUGUACAGUACUAUAAUGUUAACUUUUAUGACAUCAUUGUCAUUAUUAUAGAUGUA